AUGAGUUUAAAGAGAGACGACAUCAUCACAGAAUUUCCAACCAACACCAAGAAGAAGGAUGAAGAAGGUAUUCAUCAACGACACGUUCGGAAUACGUUCAAAAUCGUUCAGAAAUAUUUUACGGAAAAUGAGAUGAGUUGGGACUUGAGUGGGACUUACCUACAAGAUCUUUGUGAUGAUAACAAUCAAUAUGAAAUUGAGCAUUUAGGAAAGGAGGCCAAUCAAGAAGCAAUACUCGUUGAAUUUUAUGCUUCUCGUAAUUAUCUUGAAGGAUUUUCUAAUCAUGUGGUGAGAAUCUUGGGAAGAUGUAUAUUCACGCAAAGUCUGCGAAAACUAAACUUGAGUUGCAAUAAUUUAACGAAAUUUCCACCAUUGAAAGAGCUUGUAAAUCUACAGGAAUUGUUGCUAUCAAACAAUAAGAUUUCAGAAAUAGAUCCUCAAUUAGAAAAUUGCAUUAAUUUAGAGAAAUUGGAUUUGAAAAUGAACAGAAUUACGUCACUCCAAAAUCUACCACUUCCAGCUAAUGGGGCCACAAAUAACAAGCUUGUAUAUCUUUCCUUGAGUUGUAAUCAGCUCGCUGAAAUCAACGACACGGAGAUGCGAAAGUGUGGAAAUUUGCAACAUUUGGGGUUAUUUGGGAAUUUAAUUGAAACACCUCUAACACAAAUAUUAGUUUUACUUAGUGAGAGUUGUGGAAAUGCAUUACAAGAGUUGUGGUUACAAGCUAAUCCCAUUACACCUAUUAGCUCAAUUACUGCAGAUGAAAAUGUGCUGGGAGUCCACAAUAGAGUUGAAAUAAUUAGUCAAACAUUGUCUCUAUCUAGAGACAAGGAAAUUGAGCUUGUUCAACAAAGACUUCCUGCGCUUUCUCAUUAUAAUGGAACGUAUUUAAAUUAA